CAAACCCAGCAAAUCUUCAAUGAGCAUUAACUGACAAGCGGGCACCACAAUUUUGAGGGACCCAUCUGCCAUAGAGAACUAUCCUCCUCCGGAAGCACGCAGAGGCAGAAGCACAGAACCCUCCAGUGUCCCUCGCUCUCCAAGGCAAUUAGCGGCGGCGGCGGCGGCGGCGGUGGGGGUGGCUAUGGACGGCGGAGGCGCAGCGCCGCCCGAUGCCGCCAGAAGCACCUCUCCUGCGCCCAUGAUGGCGGCCGCUCCCGCCGGAAUCAGGGUGGAGAAUUGCUACGUAUUCAAGAGCCGCCUUCAAGAGUAUGCGCAGAAAGCUGGCCUUCCAACCCCGGAAUACCAUACCCUCAAAGAGGGCCCUUCCCACGAACCAAUCUUCAAGUCCACUGUGGUGGUUAACAACACCAAGUACGACUCGCUUCCCGGAUUCUUCAGCCGAAAGGCUGCAGAGCAGUCUGCCGCUGAAGUUGCGCUCAUGGAGAUAGUUAAGUCCAUUCCAGCAACUGAAUGCAGAAGCAUCCCAGCAGUUCAAGAAACUGGCCUGUGCAAGAAUCUUCUUCAGGAGUAUGCUCAGAAGAUGAAUUAUGCCAUUCCAUCUUAUAUUUGCACUAAACAAGCUUCAGGCGUAGCUCCUUUCAUAUGCACUGUUGAGAUCGGUGGCAUACAAUACAUUGGUGCUGCCGCUAGAACAAAGAAGGAGGCAGAGAUAAAAGCUGCCCGAACUGCUCUUCUUGCAAUCCAGGGUCGAUCAGAGGGUUGCACAAAUGGUGACACAAAGUACAUCGUUGUUCCUGGCCAAAGAGAGGUUAAGGAGGCAGAGAAGAAGCCAACUGAAACUCCAAAGCCACUUAAAGUCAAGAGAGGUGGUCACAAGAAGAAAUGGAACAAGAGGAAAUUCAUGAGGAAGACUGACCAAAUAUUUGAUGUUGAAAUUGAUGGACCUAGAGUGGCUGGGGAUUCUGAUGUCCCAAUGCAGGUAACAAUAGCAGAGGAGCCAUUCAGCGAUACUAUAAUCCUGCAACCUGAGGAGCCUAUAAGAGUAGGACAGGAGCUUCUUAGAGAUACUACAAUGCUACAACCUGAUGAGGAAGCUACAAUUGUAAAGCACGGGCCAGCCGGUGAAACUGCAAUGCUGCUACACGUGGAGGAAGCUAGAGUAGUAGAACAACAGCUAGCUAGAGAUACUGCAAUGGUUCAAUCUAACAAGGAAGUUGUAGAACCACCCAGCAGCAGUGCAACGCCACAGCCUGGUGAGGAAGCUAGCAUAGUAGAACUGUGGGAACCUAGAAGUACAAAACAAGAGUCACUAAGUAAUGUUGAAACACUGAAACCUAAGGAUGAAGCUAGAACCAUAGAGCAGGAAUCACUGAGUGGCUAUGUAGCAUUGCAGUCUAAUGGGAGCGCUUUGGAUGCACAUGAGCCAGGGCCACCAAGUAAUACUGCAGUGAUGCCACAUAAGGAGCAAACAGAAGCCGAGGCCACCUCACAUUUGUGAACUGGUGCAACCUAACUAGAACCUAUUUUUUUCAGAACAGCAAAUCUGUCCAUGAACAGGAAGCCUGAAAUUCAGGAGACGCGUGCAUUGCUGGAGACAUAGGUCCACAGGAGAUAUAUGAUCAUGAAAUAAAUUGUGGGGUUGACUACAGCAUAAUGAGCAUACAAUAUUAAUGAUGUAUUCACAUGCAAAGAAGUGGUAUUUCUAGUUUAGAGAGAAUUAUGGAAAAACAGAUGAGACUGUGUGCUGAGGUUGUUAGUUCACAUUCGCCAUUAUAGUAUUAGAUUGUAUUCCUGAUAUUAUGGUUGGGUUUUCCUGUCGAGAGAGGACUAUUUAGAAAUGAAAUGAAUUUGGUGUUGCUGGUCCAAUCCUCCACUUGAAUUCCAUGAUCUGGUCAUUGGAUGGCCGUUUCAACAUUUGUAUUCAUUGUUUGAAGCCAUAAUAUCUCAUCGUGAAUGCCAA